CAAGCUACUCCGUACAGAGGCCAAAGUGCUCUCUCCCCUGAGCCCAACACGCUAGCUUCGAGACAUCGACCUUCUCUCAUCUUUUUCGCCCCCCCUUGGACCCUCUGCCCACCAGCACAGUUUCAAGCUUCUGUGAGCUCCCCGACAGCAACCACAUCUCGGCCAUAGCUUCGUUGGGCUUCUUCGACCCAAGCGCCCCCCCCCCUACAGACGGGCUGACGGGAUCCGGACCUGGACACGAACAUCCCAACCAGGGCGGUCCAUCAUCCUAUCUUGCCACAUCCACGCUGGCACACCCUUGUGUUCCGGACGACGACAACCUCAUCCGUCCUCUGCGCCAAACAAGGACGUGCAAGGCACUUCAAUGCUAAAGAAGAGCGACUGCAGGGGAGUUGCGGGAGCACAGUUGAAUGAAUGCAACCCCUAAAUCCUUUCCUCGCCGCCUUCUUCAAGAGCUCUCUCCCUGGCCAGUGCCUUCCCACCCAGGGUCACAUCCUCCUUGUCCCCUCCACGGAUGUUCUCCUCACCUCCCGCGAGACCGAAGCGCCCCCCGGCGCCAGCCUCGCCGAUUCCGUCUCUACUGAAGAGUUCCUCGCCAGCCAUGUCUUGCGCAUACCCGACCCGGCCAAGCCAACGGGCGGCGGAGGCGGCGGAGGGGGCAAGGAGUCGGCUCCCAACCUGCGCGAGAUGAGGGGGAAGGCGAAGCAGUAUAACACAAUCAACGGGAGGAACAUCGUCAUCAAGGACAAUGUCAUAUACACCAACAAAGGGUUCAAGGUCCUGGCCUCUGCCAACCUCCUUGGCGACUCGAUAUUCUACCCCGACACGCUGGAACCGAGGGCCUGGCUGGUAUACCAUAUAUCGCGACCUCUGGUGGGAUCGUGGGAGGAGAUCAAGAUCAUCCCUGCGGUGCUCGUCGAGGGGACAAGGAAAGCCAUGGCGCUACAACAAAACGGCGCAUCGCCAGGCGCCGAAUCAAGCGAUUCUGGAAUGGUCCCCAAAAAGAAGGAGAUCAAGAGCUUUCACGACCUGCUGAACCACUUCCCCGUGAUUGCGCGGCAAAUGCAGUCCGGACUUGAACGGCUCUUCCAGGAGUUCACGGCCGUCAUAGAAAGGCCGCUCCCACCGCCUCCAUCUGCGUCACACAUCCCAGACCCAUUCCCGGACGGCCCGAUAGCUGCAGCAACUAGGAAAGCUAGAUCGAACAGCAUGUCACAGCUCCAGGCCUCCCCAAAUGGCAAUGGCGGCAAGAGGGUCGUCGAACCAUUCUAUGCAGAAGACGACGAGGAGGUUCUCAGAGUCUCGCUCGAGACCGCCGUCACCAACGCGAUUGACUUGUUCCAAAACGUUGACAAGCAACAGCUGUCGUUGCUGGGAGCCACAACUGAGCUGACAGGGCCGGUGGUUGAACGCUUGAUAGAGCGAUACGUCACCGAGAACGUACACAACCUUCUGUUUCCAAGACUGGCUGCUCUGAAGAGGCCAGAGGACCUGGAGCUCGAGGCCAAGAUCCGCCAGAUGGAUUUUGUUGAUGUUUCACAACUGGGCAUCGUCAUUGAAGGUGGCCACCGGGGCAAGCAGGCCCUCAUCUACCGGCUCUCGCGGGCGAUUGACGAGUUCAAAAAGAUCACAAACGCUGGCAGCCCGCCGGAGAUGAUGGACAUUCUUUUGUCCACAAUGAAGACAGUGACGCAGCUGGGCGAUACACCGUCAGCACCUGGCGACCAGUCCACAAGCUCGUCCUCAGAGAAAGGGAUCCUCAACAUGAAUGCCGACACCCUGGUAUCGCUCUUACUCUUUAUACUCAUCAGAGCACAAGUCAAGCAUCUGCAGGCACGUUUCCUGUACAUGCGUCACUUCAUUUUUGUCGAUGAUGUAGACAGCGGUGAGAUGGGGUAUGCUCUGAGUACGUUCGAGGCCGUGUUGCUGUAUCUUGACCGUGACUCGGCCGGACUUCGAAGAGCAAGCCGACGGAACAAGUCGCUAUGGGAUGCUACGUCUCAGGGAGACUUGGAAACCUUGCAAAAGAUCAUGGAACCGAGCGGAGACGCGGUCGCAGAUGCUCUCGAUGAGGAAGAGGCUGCUGCGGCGUCCUCGAGACGUUCGAGCCGUCGCACCUCAACGAGUAGUCACUGGAGUUUCGCGAACAGCUCGUCCAGACCUUCUUCGGCCGCGCUCAGUACUUCUGAGCGCUUCUCGCUAGGAUCUGAUCUCAGCCACGUCUUUCCGUUCUCCAAACAAGACGGUCUUGAUGGCGCCACAGACGGCAUUUUCCCUGUGAGAAAGAUCAAAAGAGUCACCAUGGACAUGCGGAGCCUAUCGAGCUCUUCCGAGAUCUCUUUCCACUCUCGCACCGCGAGCAUCGGGACCAUCGGUAGCGGGAUUGAAGGCGAUACAUCCAUCGAGCGUCUCUCGCAAACCCAGGACUCUUUCGGCGAAUCAGUCCUGAUGAUGGCCGUGCAGAAUGAGCGCCCAGAAACCUUGAAAUACUUGUUGGAUCUCAAAUCUUAUUACACGCCAGCCAUUGUCCUGUCAGACAGUAACAAUGAAGGGACCACUCUGCUCAGCGCUGCCGUACAGCUGGGCCACGAGCCGCUCACCAACAUCAUUUUGAAGUUCAUGGUUGAUGAGCCUACUGUUACUGAGGAGCAUAUGAGGGUGUACUUCGCUAAGCAAGACGUAUGGGGCCGCAGCGUAGCCCACUACCUAUUCCACGCACCCUACCUCAUUGUUGGUUACGGGAGGAUGAUGCCAUGGACUCAGAAGGACAAGAAUGGUCAGACGCCUCUUUUUGCCAUAUGCCGGUCAUACGACCAUGCGCUAUACCACACUAUGGUGCAGCAGGCCCUGGAGAUUGCAAAAGAUUGUCAAGGUGACGGACAGCCACUUCACCUCGAUGAUCACAUUGACGGAAAAGGCAACACCUUGUUGCAUAUUGUUAAUGACGCUCAACUGUGCCUGCGGAUAUUGCAAAAGUGCGAUGCAGAUGUCAACGCUAUCAACGACAGGAAAUUCACGCCACUCAUGGUCGCAAGCAAGUACGGGCGCUUUGAUGUUGUGCGCGCUUUCUUUGGAGAUGCGCGGGUGGAUAUCACGGCCAAGGAGCUGCGAGGCCUGACGGCUGUGGACCUAGCCAAGGACGACGACGUUCGUAAUAAGAUAGACGACCUUGUUCUGUUUGCGGCACCCCCAGGGCCUGACUCCCGGACGACUGCUGUCGUCAGGUCAUAUUUCGUGGAAGAUGCCAGUGUACGAUUCGUCCUGAAGUCAGGCGCGCCGGUGGACAAGCAUAGCUAUGCAGUCACGACGUGCAGGAGAUCCCUCACAGACUUCGAGCACCUGGCGAAGCUUUUGGCCAUGGAGAACCCGGCGUCGUGGAUACCGUCCUUCGCCGCUCUGCGGUCCCCGUUUCAGAUCCCAGUGAAACCCAGCCGGGCUGUCCUCAAGGACUUGCAGGUUCGUAUGGAUUGGUUCCUCCGCAUUCUCCUCGCCCACCCCACGUUCGCGACCCAUGAGAUGCUGUGGGAGUUCUUCCUGGUACCAGAUCUUCAGCCAGACAUGAUGGAGCAGCGGAGCAAGCUCAAGGCGGAGACGCGUGCGGAGAAGGUCCGCGACGAAUUCGAGCCGCUCGACGACAUCCGUGAGGUCGAGCAGUUCGUAGAUCACGCCCGCGAAAACGUUCGCGGCGUCAAUCACUCCACGAAGAGUGUUGCGCGGCGAACGAACAUCGUGGGCACUCGUGCUUUUGAUCUCUACGACUCCUCUGUCCUACUCCACCGGGCCAUAACAACCUUACCUUUUCUGCCGAAGACUCACAUCACAGCAUUUGAGACUUACGUCCGCGCGCUGGCCCCAACCACAGUCAACCCGUACUCAACUCUUCAUUCAACCCUGCUAGCGCUGCAGUCCACUAUUGACGCUAUCCUCUCGGCUCUUGCCCGCCCACCGCGGCUCAUCAACCAGAUCAACGUUUCGCGUCGAACUGUCGAGCGUAACUUCACAUCUCUCAGUCGGUCUACGCGCUGGCCCUUGGGCCUUCUUGACGACACGCGCCAGCGGCUCAAUGAGGAGCGUGAGGAGCGCAUGCGUGCUGGCCAGGCAGAGGUCAAUAACCUAUCACGCGAGCUGAGGUAUACGCAGCAGACCGUGGCGAUGGAGCUUGCCGGCUGGCAGGACAUGCAUGAGAAGAUGGGAAGGAGGGCCAUCAGGGAGCUUGCCAGGGGCAUGGUGGUCUUGGAGAAGAUGAGGUUGGAGGGCAUGAAGAGGGCGAUGCGGAAGCUGAACGAGGUCAAGGUUGAUGCCGGCCCAGGGACUGAUCUGGAUGCUCCUACCUCGGGGUUUGACACCGAUGUUGAUAGUGGUGUCGGCGACGAUGUUACUGGGGCCCAUAUGGGCCUCAAUGCGCCCAUCGCGCUGGCCGGGCUCGAGCUCCAAGCGGACCGCAAGGCCGACGUUGAUCCGAGCGCUCAGUCAACGGUCCGAGCGGUCCAGGCCUCACAAGCGGACUCGACUGGUUCAAGGGUUGACGGCCCACUGCCCCCAUUGCCGCCGGGGAAAGCACCGAGCCCUACCGAGACGAGACAACAAGGCGGCGGUGGCGCUGGCACAUGACACCAGCACGCACGUUGAGCUACUGUUGGGGGGUUUACGCAAAGAGAAGAAAAGGAUCUACAGGAUUUACGAGGCGCGAAUGAUACGGACUAUCAAGGGCCUCCUUCCCUGGUCUUAACCCUCUUUGUACAGAGUGGCGACAGAAGAGACUAGGCCAGGGCUUUCACGAAAAUAUAUACUCAAUAUAAGUGGCGGAAUAGAGGGAUGCUGGAAAAGAUGCCCCGGAUUGGAUGGAAAUGGUGUCUAGACAAGGGAGGGAUGGAACGAGCGCAUGGGUGGCACAUGCCUUCUUUACUAUUUUACGUUUUCGACUACACUGUUCUUCUUGACAAUGGAUAGAUACCCUUUCGUCGAAUUUGCCUACUACAUGUCUUAUUCGCUCUUGGCUUAUGGCCCUGACAGGACAGUGGGCCUCCAUCCCCCUCUACGAUGUACACUUUGAGCAUGAAGGCCUGGCAUUGGAUGUGCUGGGUGUUGUAGGCAUAGAUUGACUAUAUGGAACAUGUCGGGGAUGGGAUGACGGGAUGGGACGAUGCGAGCAGCAUGGGAUGGAACCGACGGGUUGAGCAUGAGGAUGUUCCGGUUCAGCACGUCGUCGUCGUCUUCGCCGCGGCCCAUCUCGGCCGCCGUCCACAUAUUCGUUGAGGCGCCAUUGGUCGCCUCCAUCCAGUCCUGGUCGAACAGACGACAGGACCCUUUGCUCGCUUGCCCCUCUCGCUCCCAGGCUAUCCAUCUGUCAUGAACCCACAACCCAGCAUGUACCCAACAGGUUGGACCAUCUUGCCCCCCACCCCCCACCCCGAUAUAUCCCGCACAAGGUCCUUAAUCGCCACGAGCCCCAUGAGUUGAUCGUAGAUCUCUGGGACCUCGGGCGGGUUCUUGCUACGCAAGUUCCCACGGUGGGGAGGAUCGUAUCGUGUUGUCCACCUGUCCACCGGCCAACACGUCACGCUAAGGCAGACUAGACCUCUUCUCAGAGUUUUUUUGGUGGUCCGGGGGGCUGGGCAGUGAGUGGAGAGGAGAUCCCUCUAGGUCUCUGGGUGGACUGGGUGGAUUGGGUGGAUUGGGUGGAUUGGGUGGAUGAGAGGAGGGGUCUGUCCUGGACCAAACUCAGAGCGAGGUUGGAAGGGUGGACGGGGACUCGGGCAUUCCUGGCGACGUUUCUCUGCACGGAGAUAGAGCGAGGCAUUGCAGACCUAGCUGCCUAACUACCUACUGUAGUAGCUACCCAGGUCGCUGGUGUCGGGUGCAGAUCCGCGGUCCAAUUGUUGCGCUGGCAAGCGGCGAGGCUGUGCUUCCUUCAUGGGCAGACGGCUGACUAGCCUGUUCUGUUAGUCUUGCUAGUCUGCCUGCCUGCCUGCCUUCCUCGCACUGCCGUGUGUGCACUCAGCUGGCACUUUGGCAGAGUGGGUAGCAAGUGGCGACGCUACACGGCACUAUAGUGUUCAUGCAAAGAAAAGCUUCCAAGGUUGGGAGUUCCAAGGUCCCUCUGACAGGGGGCGUGAGGGUUUGCGAGACCUUGAGACUACUACAUAGUAAAGGCAAGAGAGAGGAAGGCGAUGGGGAGAGGUGGCACCAUUCCAGACUAGGAGCAAAUCUACGGAGACACUAGAGAGCGUCCCAAUCGCUCGGGACCUGGGGAGCUUCAGGUAAGACAAGGGCACGAGAAAGCAUUGGAUAGGAGGCUCUGAGUCUCUGCUAGAGUUCAGGUACGGGUUUUUCGCGUGGGGUGGUGAGUGAGGCCGGGGGAACUGAGAGCAAAGCUCAGUAGGCAGGAUUCGUCACUCAAUUGUCAUCACGCCCAUCCAGCCUUGAUCUCUGUCUGUGCUGCUGUGAUGACCUUGUCACUUCUUGGGCCCCUUGGCCCCUUGUCUUGUGGCAUUUCCCUGAUGUUCCGCGGGUUCCCAGGCUGGCAGGUUGGCAGGCCGGCUCCAGGAUCGGGAAUCCAGAAGUGGGAGAGGUGGACUUUCUCGCGUCGCAAUCGAAGCCUCAGUCAGUCCCUUCACCCCUCUUUGCUCCCCAGAGUGCCAGAGUGCCGAAAAGAGGCAGGUGCUCGCCUGUCCUUCCUUGUCGGAUGCCUGCAUCGUCUCUGCUCCCCUUUUACGGACAGCACGGCAUGAAAAUUCUAGAAUUUUCCAGGGUUUGUUGAAUCCACUUUCGAGCGAGGGGGGAGGGGUUGGGGCCUGGCAAGGACGAGAGACAGGAGGGGGAUCUCAGAAGUAGCGGUGAUGGAUACACACGAAGGACUCCUUGGGCAGUCUUGGACUGGCGGCGGUAUCCACCCAGCGCAGAUAGGCGAGUUGUCAGAUCCGAGAGGCCGAGGCGAGGCAAGCG